AUAUUUUUACUUAAUAUUAUAGUUAAUGCUAAUUAAUUGAGGAAAAUUAGAGUUAGAUUGGGAUUAAUAAAGAUCUUACCUUUCUGGAAUUGGUUUUAGAGUUUUUGGUUAAAUUAGGGCAAAAAGCAAUUAAUGCUAUGGUUCUUGCUAUUUUUAUUAGGGGAAUGUGAUUUGGACUGUUCUGAUUUCUUUGUUGAAACAAACCCACCAGGAAACUCUUUCUACCAAUUGCUAGGUCAGGUCAAAUUUAGAAUCUUUCAUUUUUUUUCCUAAAUAUUGACAAGAAAAAACCCUUUUUUUAAAAUAAAAAUAAAAUUUUUAUUUAGUUUUGAUAAUUCUUUCCUUCCCAAGGGAAUGGAACAGUUGAAAAUAGGAGCAGGUUCUCAUAUGAAAGAGGAUCAUUCUUCACAACUUUUCAUGAAAAGAGAUAAUAAUGUUGAGUCCUUGGGCAGUCCUCGAAGUCGAAAGGUGUCAGCAAGAUGGGUCCCAGAUGAGGCAUGCAGGCCUAUUAUUGAUGAUGCUCCAGUGUUUUAUCCAACUGUUGAGGAAUUUGAAGACACACUUGCCUACAUAGAAAAGAUUCGUGCAGAAGCUGAAUCAUAUGGUAUAUGUCGGAUCGUUCCACCACCUUCUUGGACUCCACCUUGUCCUCUUAAAGAGAAAGAUAUAUGGGGACGUGCUAAAUUUUCAACUCGAAUUCAGCAAGUUGACUUACUUCAAAAUAGGAAGCCGAUGAGAAAGAAAAGUAGAAGUCGAAAGCGGAAGCGGAGGAGACAUUCAAGAAUGGGAGCCACUAGGAGACGUGCCAAUUCUAGUUCAGAAUCUAAUGUAACUUAUGAGGCUGAUGAGAAGUUUGGCUUCCAUUCAGGAUCAGACUUCACUCUUGAAGAAUUUCAGAGAUAUGCAGAUGAAUUUAAGGAGAUGUACUUUCGAAGGGACUGUGACAAGGAUUCAAAGCCUUGUGUGGAUGAAUGCAGGAAAUGGGAGCCGUCUUGGGAGGAUAUUGAAGGUGAAUACUGGCGGAUAGUCGAGCAGCCAACAGAUGAGGUUGAGGUAUAUUAUGGAGCUGACUUGGAAACAGGAACAUUUGGCAGUGGGUUUCCUAAGGCGUCAUCUAUGUUGACUGGAAAUGAUGCAUAUAUAUAUGCAAUGUCAGGUUGGAACCUAAAUAAUUUCCCGCGCCUACAAGGUUCAGUGUUAUCUUUUGAAGGAUGUGAUAUAUCUGGAGUUUUAGUGCCAUGGCUCUAUGUUGGGAUGUGCUUCUCAUCAUUUUGUUGGCAUGUUGAGGACCACCAUCUGUAUUCACUAAACUACAUGCACUGGGGUGAUCCAAAAAUAUGGUAUGGUGUUCCCGGAAGCCAUGCUUCUUCUUUGGAGGCUACAAUGAGAAAGCAUCUGCCUGAUUUGUUUGAAGAACAACCAGACUUACUUCAUGAAUUGGUUACUCAACUAUCUCCUUCAGUUCUGAAAGCUGAGGGUGUACCAGUCUAUCGAGCUGUACAACGUUAUGGGGAGUUUGUUCUUACCUUUCCAAGGGCAUAUCACUCUGGAUUUAAUUGUGGCUUCAACUGUGCAGAGGCAGUGAAUGUUGCUCCUGUUGAUUGGCUAGAACAUGGUCAACAUGCAGUUGAGCUCUACAGUGAGCAGCAUCGAAAAACAUCGCUUUCCCAUGACAAGCUGCUCUUGGGAUCAGCUAGGCAAGCUAUUAAAGCUCUCAGGGAGUUAUUUGUUCUUGGCAGAGAAACUCCAGGGAAUUUGAGGUGGAAUCAUGUCUGUGGGAAGGAUGGAAUGCUUACAAAGGCUGUUAGGAUGAGAGUGCAGAUGGAGGAGAAAAGAGUAAAGUGCCUUCCCUCUCAUUUACCCUUACUAAAGAUGGAAAAAGAUUUUGAUUUGGAAAAUGAGAGGGAAUGUUUCUCUUGCUUCUAUGACUUGCAUCUAUCUGCCUGCAGCUGCAAAUGCUCUCCUGAACGAUUCGCAUGUCUGAAACAUGUAAAGAAUUUCUGCUCAUGCCAAGAUGAAGACAGAUUUGUCCUCCUUCGUUACACUAUUGAUGAAUUGCAAAUGCUAGUCAAAGCCCUGGAGGGAGGUUUAGAUGCUGUGAAAGUAUGGGCAUAUGAAGAUCUUGGGUUGGUUUCUGUUAAUGAUUGUGAUGCUAAUUUGUGUAAGUUGGUUCAGAUUAGUGAGGGAUUAAAUACUGAGCGUUCUCAACUAAGGGAAAAUGGAUCUUGUUCCCCAAGAAUGGAGAAAAUGGUGGCAAUUAAUACUUCUUGCUCAGAUGGUCAUGUUUCUUCGGAAGUAUUGCCAUCAGAGUGCCAGCAUGGGACUAAAUUAAAUGGUUCUCAUGUCGCUUUAGAUAGUCAUAACAAUGUCUUAAAUGUUGGAGUUCUUGUCAUGGAAAACAGAGUGAAUUUGGAGCAGGAUGCCUGCAUUGACUUGAAUCUUAAUAUUAUAUCUGAUCAUACCACAAGCAAGUCAAUGUAUGCUUGUGAUAGCCCUAAUAAAAACAGUGUCAGUGAUGUUGAGACAUUGUUACCCUUUUUUAAGCAAGAGAAAAUUUGUGGCUUUGAUGAAGGAAGAGAACCUGAUCUAAAGAGGAUCAAAAGAGAUUGUAGCUUGUCAGUUUCUCGAGAAUCUCCCAACAAAUAUCAGUGUUCAACUUCAAGGGUUCGUCAGGAUUCUGAUGGCUUUGAUGGCAAGAAAUUGUUUGGUGUUGAACUUCUGUUUCCACAUUCCCAAGUAGGACAAUCUAAUACCUUGUUGAAGAUGGAAAAUUUCAACAGCUCAGAUGUAAACGCAUCUAUGACUGACCAUGAUGGUUCUAUUACAAAGUUGAAUUCUUCUGUUGAACCUUUAAAUUUUGGAUCUGUCAUCUUUGGAAAACGAUGGUGUAGCAAGCAGGCCAUAUUCCCAAAAGGAUUUAGAAGCCGUGUGAAGUACUUUAGUGUGCUCGACCCAACAAAGAUUUCUAGCUACAUCUCAGAAGUCUUAGAUGCUGGGCUCCUUGGACCUCUAUUUAAGGUUACUUUGGAAGGCUGCCCCACUGUAACCUUCUCAAAUGUGUCAGUGGGGAAAUGCUGGGAAAUGGUGCUGGAGCAACUAAAUCAAGAAAUUCUAAGACGGAGCAACCUAGGGGAAAGACAGCUGCUUCCUUUGCAAUCUCUGCAGAGCAUCAACGGGCUUGAAAUGUUUGGAUUUCUCUCACCAUCCGUAAUUCAGGCUAUUGAAGCUCUCGAUCCAAAUCAUCAAUGCUUGGAAUACUGGAAUCACAAGACUACUAGCGAUAGCAGUGAAGUUAAACAAUAUGCAUUUAGAUUGAGUUGCUCUGUAGGUGAAACAAAGCCGAAAGUUUUUGGUUUUGAUUUGACGAAGCACAAUCAGGAUGAGCUAGUAAGUCAGCAUUCAGUUGAUGAAGAAGUACAGGUAGUCCUAAGAGGACUAUUCAAGAAGGCAAGUCCUGAAGAGUUGAACAUAAUGCGUAGGAUACUCUGCAGCGAGGCACAAAGUGCUGAAUGGAGAGUGGCAUAUGAAACGUUGACAGAGGAGAUCCAGAAAACAUGUAGAUAAAUUGAAGAAGGUGGAGAUAAACAGCUUUAGAAAUAAGGGUAUAAAGGAACUAACACGUUUUCUAGGUCAUUCUUAUUGGGAGCAGUUUUUAGCUUAAUUGUUCGACUCUCAGGUCCAUUCUUUCAAGAAAUCCAUAAGAGGUACACAAAGGUCCCAUUUGCCUGAGGCACAGGCAUUGGCCAUUUGCUUUAGAGUCUGCCAUUGUUGAUGCCUCUAACUUAUUGUAGAUAAGGCCACUUUGUACCUUGGAAAAUUUUGCUAACCUUACUGAAAUAGAUGUCUUUUUAGUAAUUCCUAUUUAGAUCAUCAGUUUUUUUUUA